GGCGAUUAACCAUAUGGUUUGAUACCUUACAUGCUUGACUUCGCAGGAGCAAAGCACAUAUGGGUAUCAGGCUGGAAGGCAACUUUAUUGAAAGGAUUAAGAAAGAUCAUCUCGCAAACAAAGCAGGGCUUAAGCGUGGACAUGUGCUCAUCACUAUCAAUAGAAUGAACUGCAUAGGGGAGCCAAAGGAAGUUAUCUACAAGAUGCUGCAGGAAGGUGGUCUGGUGGAGACGAUGGCAGCAGAGGUAUACACAAGCCUGACGCGUAAAUUUAACACAAACACGAUUCUGAAACACUCGUGGAAUAAGUUCCAUAUGGACGCGUGAUGCACAACAUAUUACAAAUGUAUCCGUUAAGUAUCAGUGGCACCGCCUAAACAGACAGUGCCAUAGACGGACAAUGCCAGAGGUCUCAGGCUAGACCUGACAACCUACCGCCACCUCUGCUUCAUCUAAUUGAGGCUGUCUCAAUCAGUUUCUAUAUGAGCACAAAAGUAGCCCCUCCUAUACCAAAGCCGGUGUCAGAAAUAUCAAAUAAUUAAUAGAACAUGCAUAGAUCGACCCAAUUCAUAUGAUUAGCUCGAUGCGAGUCAAAUGUCAAGACGCGUGAUAUUGGUAUCGAGCGCAGGACUUGAGUCAUGCAAGGAUUCGAGAUUUAAUAUAAUCAAAGACGAAAAACGAGAAAUGCGUCCAGAUCUCGAUCAGCUACUAAGCAUGUGAAACCAAUUGGGAUUCGAGCUGUCACAACCGGCCGCCAGUUUACUCGGUUGCAGAUACCGAUAGAACACUGAGCGAUACUGAGAACCUAGGAUCGGUACAUUCCCAUCGAGUAUAAAAGUAAAAAAACAAAUAUCUUCAGA